UCCAUGUCGCCCCUGUCUCCAUGUCGCCCCUGUCUCACUUCACCAUGGGCGUGCAGGGCUGUGCUGCCCACACAGCCGGUUCUGCUCUCCCGACUGGUGGCACCAGUUCUGCUGGUCUGAUCCGUGCUGCUGCCUGGGCUCUCACGCUGCCUCUCCCCUGCCCGGGGCUCCUUUGGUUCUGUGUCAGGCGUUGGGAAUGGCCCGGCUGCGUGGAACGGGGCAGUGAGCGCUCCGAAUGUAACAACCUGUCCUUCUCGCCGUUCGGUUCCAGCUGCCCUCCCUCCCGCAGCCCCUGCUGCCACUUCUCCUGCCGCAGCGCCAGGUACUCAGAGCUCCUCAGUAACACCCCGUGUGUCACAUUAACCACAGCGUGCUGUUCUGGAUGUUUGUAGUUGCAUUAACCCUGCUGGUGUGCAGAGGGAGAACUCUGGGUCCUGGCCCUGUCCUUGCUCAGAGGAGCCAGGCAGGCUUCCUCCUGGUGCUCCUGGGAGGCUGCUGGGGGAGGCUGGCUGCCUGCUGCUCUCCAGCUCCCUCUGUGUCAUCCCUGAGCCUGGAACCGCUUCCCAGCGCUGGGGAGUGCUGGAGCCCGGGGUGGGGUCCCUGAGAGCUGCCGGGGCAUUGUGCCCCUGGGGGCUGGAGCUGUGUGGAGCCCAGAGCCAGAAGGCGGACGGCGGGCUGUUGUGGGUGUGCGUGUGUUUCUUCCUGUGCUGCCCUUGUUUUCUCCUUUUUUCUCAUGGGUUCACUUUGUUUCUUUCCUUCAGCUGUUCUUCCUGCCGCUCAUUCCCUGCCUCUGACUCCAGCCCUGGGCCCAGCUGCCCAGGCUGUUCCCACGGAGCCGCCCAGCUCUGCCCCAGCCGUGCCCCCAGCCCCUCUCUCCCCUGCUGUGGUCCCAGCUGCAGCAAUUCCUGUCUUCUCUGCCCCUCCCCAGCCCUCUGCCCCAGCUCUGCCCCUCCCAGUUACUUCUUCCCCUCCUCCAGCUCCAGUUCCACCAUCCCCAACUGGUUUUGCUGCCCAAGGUUCUCCAGGGCCUGCUGCUGUCCCAGUCAGCCCAGUGUCUCCAGGACUCCCGGUCCCAGCGUCUCCAGUUCUGGCUGCUCUUCCUGCUGCAGGACAGGCAGCCCCCCCGGCAGCCCCCCCAUCUCCAGCGAGUCUCGGCUGUCUCCCAGCUGCUCUUACGCCUCCUCUGAAAGUCUCUACUCCUCCCAGCCCCGCAGGAGCCACAGCGGCCCCUCACCCUGUGCCUCCCAGGAGCCCCGGGGCAGCCCCAGCUGCUCUGCCACCUCCCCUGGCAGCAGCCCCUGCAGGUGCCGCAGCUCUUCCCCAGAGCCCCCCUGCGAUGCCAGUGCACCCUGCUGCACCUCUGCCCCCUCCAGCUGCCCCGCUGAGCCCAGCCCUGGCAGCCACCAUCUCCCCACCCAUCUUCCUGUCUGCCCCCAUGGCGCUGGCCCCUCUGCUGCCAGGUGGCACAGUCCCCUGCAGCGCUGCUGCUCCCCUGCGGGGCCCUGUGUCUGGGACUCCCAUCUGUCCGCUGGCUCCGGCUGCUCCUCCUGGGACCCUGACCUGUCCUGUGGGCCCUGCCCUGGCAGCCCCUGGCUCCCCUGCAGGUCCCCAUUCUGUGGCCAGGCCCCCCCCUGGGAGCCCGAUUCCUGUGUCAGCCCCUGUCCUGCUCAGCCCAUCCCCAGCAGCUGCCUUGUCCCCCUCAGGGCCGCCACCAGCAGCAGCAGCUCCAGUUAAAGCAGCUCCAGCGACCCCUGUCUCACUGCCAGCUGCUGCGACUGCUGCUCCUGCCAGUCCCCUGCCUGUCACAUCAGCGAUGGCAGCUCCAGCCACCUCUCCUACGGCCAAAGGAGCACCCCAGAGCCCACUGCCUGCUCCACUGACUCCCUCUGCCCCUGCUGCACCAGCUCCCGUGGUUCCUCCAGCCUCUGCUGCCACCAAAGCAGCUCCCCAGAGUCCUGCUGCCACUCCAGCUCCUGCAGCUGCCCCUGCUGCCACCAAAGCAGCUCCCCAGAGCCCAGUCACUACGCCCUCUGUCUCUGCUGCUGCAGUUCCUGCAGCUCCCCAAGCUGCAGCUGCCCCUGCUGCCAACAAAGUGGCUUCCCAGAGCCCUGUUAUUGCUGCACCAGCUCCUGCAGUUCCUCCAGCUGCCCCCUCUGCAGCCAAAGCAGCUCCUGGGAGCCCAGCUGCUGCCCCCUCUGUCCCUGCCAGCUCCCCACCUGUCACACCUGUGCUGGCAGCUCCAGCUGCACCCCCUGCAGGCAAGAAGUCCCCUAAGAGCUCCGCUGCUGCCACAUCAUCUCCCUCUGCUGCAGCAGCUCCACCAAGUCCUGCAGCUCCAGCUGCCCCCACUGCAGCCAAAAAGCCCCCAAAGAGCUCUGCUGCUACCCCCUCUGUCUCUGCUGCACCAGCCCAAGCUGCAGCCAAAAAGCCCCCCAAAAGCCCUGCUGCUGCCCAGGCUGCUCCCUCUGCUCCUGCCACAGCUCCACCAACUCCAGCGGCCCCCCCUGCGGCCAAAAAGCCCCCGAAGAGCCCCACUGCUGCCCCAUCUGCUCCCCCUGCCCCUGCAGCUCCAGCAUCUUCAGCUGCAGCCAAAGCACCUCCCAAGAGCCCCACUGCCACCCAGUCUAAUCCCUCUGCCCCUGCUGCACCCAAAACACUUCCCAAGAGCCCCACUGCCACUCAGUCUAAUUCCUCUGCCCCUGCUGCAGCCAAAGCACCUCCCAAGAACCCCACUGCUGCCACGGCAGCCCCUGCUGCUCCCUCUGCCCCCCCUGCAGCCAAGGCAGCUCCUGCCAGCCCGGCAGCCCCUGGCACGCUGCCUCCGGCUCCAGGUGCUGCUGCCUCAGCCCCGGGGGCUCCUGGUGCCCUCCCAAAGCCAGCAGCCGAUCGUGCUGCCCCCACGCCCCAGAAAACAGAGGCCACCCCUCCUGCCUCUUCUGUGCCGAAUGCUGCCCCUGCCAAGAAGCAGCCCCCCACCAAUAAAGGCAGCAAGCAGGCCCCACGUCCGUCCCCAACCAAGCCUCCCGUGAAGGCCCCCGUUCCCGCCAGUGCUGCAGUUGAUGACGAUGAUGACCUGCCCCCCCUGAUCCCCCCCGAGGUGCCCGCUGCCGAGCCGCCGCUGCAGCCCAUCCUGGUGGACCUCUCUCCCCGAGCAGCCGAGGCCCCCGCUCCUAAGCAGCCCAUGGUGAAGAACGACAAGGGUACUGCUGGUCAGCACGGUUUGCCGUGUGCAUGGAGUGUCGCUGGCUGCCCACCAGAUACUAACCCACCACGGGCCCCGAGUGCCCCCCGUGCCGCCCGGUGCGUCCGUGUGCCGUGCUGAGGGGGGUGGGGGGCCGAGGCUGUGCCAUCACCUCUGCGGCGCUCGGCACGGCGCCUGCAGGCUGCUGUCACUAACAGUGUCCUCGGGCACGGAGCGCGGUGUGAGCUGUGUGCGUGCUGGGACUGCUGCCUGAGCUGGAGCUUCGGGAAGAGCUGCUCCGCGCUGUGCCCAGCUGCGUGGGCUCGGUGUUGGCUGUGUGUUUCCCGCUGUCUGUCCCCCACAAGUGCGGAGCUGGGGGCCGUGCUGGUGCCAGCUCCAUCCUGGGGCGUUGGCAUCUCCCAGCAACCCGCAGGGACCUUUGUGCGGGCUCCUGUGUGCGUGGUUCCAGAGAAGGAAACAGGCGUGAAGUUGGGUAACGGCUGCAUGAGAGAGCGCCGCGCACACCGGCAGCCUGCUCUGCGGGCUGGAGACACACAGCUCUGCUUUGUGCCUUCCUGCACGGCAGGCAAAGCUGUGCAGUGUUCUGGAAGGUUCCGUGCGCUGCAGCAGCAAGAGCUGGUGGAGAGGCCGACCUGAGUGUCCAAAAUGGUGCUCUUUGAUGAGAGCUUUCAAACUAAGUACGGAUCAUCCUGUCAUCCAGUCACAGAGAGGUGCAGCAGCCUCAGGGACCUGGUGGACUGGGUCUUGAAUCAGUGCCGUGUCUCAGCUCCUGCAGCACCAGCUGCUGAACAGGUUUGAGGAGCUCUGAGAGCAUUGCUGCUGACUCACAGCCCUGGGCGGCGCUGCCCUACCUGGGCCGAGGCUUUGGUCAGGGGCCUUGGCGUUGGA